GGGCUUAGUCGACGAGACACUAUAAGAUCCCUCCACCGUGCCAGAGACUCUCAGCAGACAAAGCGCACACGCACACUCUCACGCACACUUUUACCUGGAUAGCUUGUUUUGGAUGAAAGUGAAACCAAAACGGGUGUCCAAGUGCGGGUCAGCGAUGGGCGGAGGUCCUGGAGGAUGGUAGCCAACAGCGUGGUCGAAGACCAGCUCCACUCGUCCAGCUGCUCCUUGGACGAGGAGCCUGGGCGACGGGACCAGGUGCUGAGCGCCAAGCCCAAGUUGGUGUCCAAGUACCGCACGCACUUCCCCACCUUCAACUGCAAGGAGGACUGCCACAUCAUCAUGGACACGGCGUCCCAGCUGGAGCUGAGCGGCUUCUACUGGGGUCCUCUGGGCGUGGACGAGGCCCACCGGCUGCUGAGUGACGCCGCGCCGGGCAGCUUCCUGAUCCGGGACAGCCGGCAGGCGGACGUCUUCUUCACGCUGUCCUAUCACGCCAAGAACGGGCCGGUCAGCGUGCGCAUAGACUACAAGCGGCAGAAGUUCUCGCUGGCGGGCAACGAGCGCGCCUUCGCCUCGCUCUUCGCCAUGUUGGAGCACUACACGCGCUCGCCGAGGCGGAGCCUGCGGGCGCCGUACAGGAAGUGGAAGCCCACGCUGCAGGAACUGUGCCGGCGCCGCGUCAUGGAGCUCUGUGGCGAAGGCGCCGCCUUGUCCCAGCUGCCGCUCACCAACGCCGUGCACGACUUCCUCAAGGAGUUUCCAUACAACUUAUGACUUUUGUUUUGAAACUGGGACUUUUAUUUUGAAACUAGGACUUUAUUUUUCGACUCAAAACUAUGACUUUCUUCGGUAGAAACGCACAAACCGUAAAGACGAAGACGUUAUUGUUCAUGAUUAUGAUGAACUGUUGCACUGGCAUGCGCUCACAGGUCUCGGAAGGCACAUAACAAAACGGAUGACGUGCUGUCCUCAGGACUCCAACAAAUGUCGUUUUUUUUGUGUAGCCAAUGAGAAAACUCUAAUUAUUAUUAUUUGAAUGUUGGUGUCACAUACUCAUAUUGGAAUGUUGAGGUCACACAUUAUUUAUCUUUGAAUGUUGAUGUCGCACAUUAUUCAUUUUUGAAUGUUGAUGUAACAUAUUGAUAUUUGAAUGUUGACGUCACAUAUUAGUAUUGGAAUGUUGCUGUCACACAUUCAUUUUCGAGUGUUGACGUGACAUAUUAAUAUUUAAAUGUUAAUGUCACAUAUCAACAUGUCACACAUUAUUUUUUGAAUGUUGACGUCACAUAUUAAUAUUUAAAUGUUAAUGUCACACAUUAUUAAUAUGUGAAUGUUGACGUCACAUAUUAAUAUUUAAAUGUUAAUGUCACGUAUCAAUACGUCACACAUUAUUUUUUUGAAUGUUGACGUCACAUAUUAUUAAUAUUUGAAUGCUGACGUCACAUAUUAUUAAUAUUUGAAUGCUGACGUCACAAGUACUGCAGUAGUUCAUUGUACUGUGUAGUCGAGGUAGUGCCUCUAGUUCAACCGUCUGCCAAGCAGAUACUUUUGUCAAAAUCUGUUAUAUUAUUUUUAUAUAUAUGUAUUUUGUUUUUCAUUACAAUAAAUAUUGAAAGUACUCA